UCCUUCUUCGUUUUUCCACUGUGCGCAAUUCCAACAUGGUAUCAGAGCAAUCCGAUUCUAGGUCUGAUCGUUGAUCGCCUUCAUUCAUCACGGAUACAGAGAUUUUCAUAUCUGAUCGUCGACACUCCUCGUUGAUUGCUAUCACCAAUCUAUUUUCUGGUAUGUCGUCUCCUACACCUAAUACGACUUCUAGAACCCUAGAUGUUGCGGAUCCCCUCUAUUUCCACCCUUCAGAUCAUCCUGCAACAUGGAUAUUGCAAGCUACUAUACCAAGCUCAAGAAGAAGUGGGAUGAGCUUAACGCUAUUUUGCAAUUGCCAAACUGCACAUGUGGAGCUGUUCAAGCUUUGAGGAAGUCUGAUGAAGAUCAGAAACUAAUUCAGUUCCUAAUGGGCCUAAACUCAGAUUAUACCAUAAUACGUGGUAACUUACUGAUAAUGAGACCUCUUCCUACAGUUGCUCAAGCAUAUCAAGUGCUGAUUCAAGAGGAAAAGCAACGAGGAAUUCAAGUUCCCUCUCAGAUUCUACCUGAACAUGUUUCCUUGAAUACCACCAAGACUGCCACAGGUGGUUAUAAAGGCAAAACAGACACUAAAAGGGCUUUGGUCUGUGAUCAUUGCAAGAAACCUGGACAUGUAGCCAGCAGAUGCUUCAAGCUAAUAGGAUUUCCUAAGGAUUUUAAAUUCACCAAGGGGAAGAAUGCUUCAGCACAUUCUGUCAAUGUGGAAGAUUCUUUCAAAUCUGCUGAUGAACCAGAAAAACAACUCAAUUCAGAUUUCUGUCAUCAAUUCAUGAAGUUACUAGCUACUGUCUAGUCCAAUGUGAAUAACCAGAGUUCCUUAAUAAAUUCUGCCUCUUCAGGUCUCUACCUGUCCCAAACUGAUACAAGUUCAAAGUCUUCCAACACUUGUUCAACUCAUCCUCUUGUGUUUUCUGCUCAUGAUAUAUCUCAAUGUAAUAAAGAUUUUGUGUCUAUUACUUCCUCUGCUUGUAAUUCCAAAAACAAAAGUAUUGAUGUUGUCAAACUCUGGCAUUUGAGAUUAGGACAUUUGCCUGCAUAUAAACUCAAGUCUACCUGGCCAGUGGCCACCCCCUCCCUUUCUUUUUCUUCUCUCGUUCUUUCUCUCUUCCCCCUCCCCCUUCUAUUUUUCUUCUCCCAAUUAUCUUCUUUUUCAUUUCUUCUUCCUCUCCUUUUCUUUCUUUCUCCCUUUCUUUUCUCAGCAAAAACACGCCACUCGACUCUCACUCCCCCCUC